AUGGCGACACACAAGUUGAUCGUGGAGGUGGCAAGUGCUCAAGAUUUGUUUCCUAAGUACGGGAAAGGUUCUGUGAGUGCCUAUGUCAAGCUUAAAUUUGGUGGUCAGCGUUUUUGCACGACUGUCAAGCUGAAGGAUCUAAACCCAGUGUGGAACGAGCGCUUCUGCUUUCACUUGUUUGAUCCGUCGCAUCUUCCCGAGCUUUCUCUUGAAGCAUGCUCCAGGUCCUUGCUUGGCAAGGUUAGAAUUGCUCGGACCUCAUUCGUGCCCUUCUCGGAUGCUGUUGUUAUUCCUUAUCAACUGGAUAAGCGCCAGAUGUUCUCGUGUGUCAAAGGGACAUUGGCUCUCAAAAGUUCAAGACCACCUAGUAUACCACUGCAACAUUUGAAAGAAAUCACAAAUAACUUCUCUGAAGAUCGAAUACUUGGACAUGGUGGUGUUGGUGUGGUAUAUAAGGAUAUACUGCAUAAUGGGGAAAUGAUUGUUGUGAAGAAGAUUGUAUUGUCAUUAAUGCCGAGCCCACAGAAGCAAUUUGAGAAUGAAGUUUAUCAUCUUAUGAUCGUUAAGAACCCCAAUGUAGUGCGAUGUAUAGGCUACUGCUACGAAAUAAAGAAUGCGUGUUUGGAGUACAAUGGAAAAUAUGUUUUUGCAGAGAAAGCGGAAAGGCUGCUUUGCUUGGAGUAUCUGCCCAAAGGAAGCCUCGACAAGUAUCUAUCAGAUGAAUCUUCUGGACUUGAAUGGAGCACAUGUUACAAAAUAAUCAUGGGGAUUUGCAAUGGUUUACGUCACCUUCAUGAGCAAAAUGAUAAACCUAUUGUACACUUGGACCUAAAACCUGCCAACAUAAUGCUCGAUGACAGUAUGUUAUGGAGCCAAAAAUUUAUAGACUUCGGUGUAUCAAGACUUCUUGACAAAGAACAAACUAUUUGCACUUCAUCUCGUGAUGGAACACUCGGUUACAUGGCGCCAGAAUUCCUACAUAGCGGUGCAAUUACACGAAAGUCAGACAUAUUUAGUUUGGGUGUAAUAAUCUUGGAGAUAAUAACGGGACGGAGGGAUUACGUGGAUGUUACUCCAAAUUCUUCAUAUUAA